AUGGCCCCCCCUAUUCUGGUAAAGCUCCUGAGGAAGAUUGAGCUUCCCCAGGAGGAGGAAGCCGACCGUUGGAUCAAUGAAGAUAUCCGCCCUGUGCCUCCGCAGCGCCAGACUUGGGGUCCCAUCCAGUAUGUCGAGCUGUGGUUCUGCGUCAACCUCAACAUGAGCAGCUACCAGGUCGGCUCCUCGCUGCUCGCCACGGGCCUCAACUUCUGGCAGGCCAUCAUCGUCAUCCUCAUCGGCAACCUGCUGGCUACCGGAUUCGCGGUCCUCAACAGCGUCGCCGGCGCGUCGAGCCACCUCGGGUUCCCCGUCAUCUCCCGUAGCGUCUGGGGAAUGUACGGGGCGUAUUUCCCCAUCCUCAACCGCAUCCUGACCUCUGUUGUCUGGUAUGGCGUACAGGCCGUCAUCGGCGGCCGCAUGAUCUACAUCUGCCUCCGGUCCAUCUGGAUCGACCUGGAUGACCGUAUCCCCAACACGCUGCCGACCGACAUCGGCAUCACGACGGCCCAGUUCCUGGGAUACAUCAUCUUCAACGUCCUGUGCUGCAUCUUCAUCUGGUUCCGCCCGCAGCAGCUCCGCCCUUACUUCCACUUCGCCUCCGUCCUCGUCUUCCUCACCCUGUUCAUCCUCCUGGGAUGGGCCGUCGGGACCAGCGACUCGUGGGGAGACGUUCUCUCCGAAAAGACGUCCGUCUCGUCCAGCAGCGAGCUCGGUUGGAACAUGGUUGCCGGCAUGAUGUCCAUCAUCGGUAACAUCGCGUCCGGCAUCCUCAACCAGAGCGACUACACUCGUUUUGCUAAGAAGCCGAGCCACGUCACCUGGUCUCAGGCCGGAUCCUUCAUGGUAAGCGGUUCUACCGUCUCCAUCGUCGGCGUCCUCGUCACGGCCGCCACGCAGAAGAGGUACGGAGACGGGACGGCCCUCUGGGACCCCACAACACUAUUCGCUCAGAUCCAGGAUCGCCACGGGUCUCGCGGCCGGGCCGCCGCCUUCUUCCUCGGCGUCGUCUUCAUCUUCUCCCAGCUGUCCAUCAACGUCGUCGGCAACGUCCUCGCCGGAGGUCUCGACGUCGCCAGCGUCUUCCCCAAGUACAUCAACCUCCGUCGGGGUGCCUAUGUCCUGGCCGCCCUCUCUGUGCUGCCCAACCCAUGGCAGCAGCUGUCUUCCAGCACAACCUUCCUGGCCGUCCUGAGCGCCUAUGCCGUCUUCCUCGGUCCCAUGAUCGGUCUCCUCUGCAUCCACUUCUGGGUCAUCCAGAAGCGCACCUUCAUCAUCUCGGACCUGUACAUCGGCAACCCCAAGUCGGUCUACUGGUACAAGAUGGGCGUCAACUGGCAGACGGUCGUGGCCUGGGUCCUCGCCGUCGUCCCCAGUAUGCCUGGCUUCGUCGCCUCCAUCAACACCGACGUUCACCUGCAUAAGAGCGCCUCUCACGUCUUCUCCAUAUCUUUCCUCCUCGGUUUCACACUCGCCGCCUUCUUCGCUUAUACAUUCAACCUCAUCUGGCCCGUCGCUCCCGACGUGGAUCGCCUGAUCCAGCACGACGAUUGGCCUUCCCCCUCCGAGAACAGUGACAUGAACGACAAGGGCGUCAACACCGUGACGACGGACAGGCCGGCAGAUGAAGGUGUCUGA